UCGGCUGUCUUCUCUGAAUGGCUGCGGGGCGGGGGUAGUGUCCCGGGCCCUGGGGACUCUCUGGCGCCAUAUUCGUUUGUGUGUGUUGUGGGUGAAGCGCUGAGGACCGGUAACUGUCAGUGUUAGUCCCGGAAACCCCUCCCCCGGGAGCUGCCGCCACUGCUACCGCUCAGGAGGCUUUACCGAGAGCAGUGUGCAGGCUGGAGAGCAGACGGGAGGCGGCGUCCAUGGACAUGAGCACAAAGAUGAAUUUGCAGCAGCACAAGGAAGCCAGAUCCAAUGACAACCAGAUUAACAUUAGAAAUAUGUCAAACAGGAUGCUACCGAUUCAUUUCCCUCCAACUAAAACUGUACUUUGGGACUCGACACCCAUGGGAGAACCAAUAGGAUUACAUUUCAGCUAUUACAGAAAUCCUCACUUGUUGCUCUCUGAAAAAGCUUUACGACUCGCUUACCGGCACGCAAAGACAGAGAGAAGAGUUUUCUGUUGCCUCUUACUUGGAUCUUUCUUUGUGGAUGAUGAUGAGGAAGGUGUAACCUUGACAAUCGAUCGCUUUGAUCCUGGCCGAGAGAAAGCUGGCCUUGUAGGGAAGGUUCCCUCCGCUCUCUUACCUGGAGAUUUUGUGAUUCCUUGCUCUGUAUCUACCAGAGAGUCUGCGGGAAACGUCACUCUGCAUACCCCAGAGGACUUUGCAUCGUCUUUUAAGGGUCUGCAGAGCCAUCUCCACUGCAAAGAAGCCUUGGAUCUUUCAAAAUUGCUCACUGUGAGAGCUCAUAUCACUUACUCGGAGAACAUGGACAAUCUUCACUUUGAUCUUCGCUGGGCGGCUGUCACCGUAGCGAAUUCAUUUGAAAGUACUCCCAUAAAGCCCGUCCCAAUUAUACCCACGGCCCUAGCCAGGAACCUGAGCAGUCACAAUAAUAUUGCACAGCUUCAAGGAACACACAAAUGCGGAUAUUUGACGAUGGACCAAACUCGGAAACUGCUUCUAGUACUAGAGUCUGAUCCAAAGGCUUAUACACUUCCACUUGUCGGAAUCUGGCUGAGCGGGAUUACACACAUCCACAGUCCACAGGUUUGGGCCAGCUGUCUGCGCUACAUGUUCAGCUCAUCAAUUAAGGAAAGGGUUCUGUCGGAGUCUGGCAGUUUCCUCAUCGUUCUCUAUUCUCUGACCCACAAGGAGCCCGAGUUCUAUGAGUGUAUUCCAUGCAUUGGCCACGAUCCUCUUGGCUACCAGUUGCUGACCUGUGAAGAAUCUUUACAUCUUUUCAAAAAUGUGGAAUCUUCUAAACGGUCACCCUUGUCGUUUGAGCUCACUACUGAGAGUCAGAAUUCCGAAGCAUAUCUGCUGAAUGAAGUUUCCAAGACCGUUUCUGAAGCUGCAAAUAAACAGCAUGCAUCGCCCAUUAAGUUAUCAGUAAGUGACCAUGAUUCUGGCGUAGAAGAUGAGGAUUUCUCUCCUAGGCCUUCGCCUCACCCUCAUCCUUCAUUUCAGCAGGCGACUAGAAUUCACCCAUCUGUACCAGAACUCUCUUUGGUAUUCGGAAGUGUCGUAGAACCAAAAUCUUCAGAGAUCAGCAAUAAAAAGAUUCCUCCUUUCUCCUCAACACCAAAAGUUGCAGACAACCAGUUUGUUACUACUUCUUAUCCCCAUAAUGAUUUAUAUAGGAAGGAAUCUAUACCAAAACCUGUUCCUUUCAAAACCUCCAAAUCCACGCCCACAAGAUUGUCCAGGGGGAAGUCUUCUACAACUGACAAAGCACAUUUCCACAACAAUGGCCAGACUAGAAGAAACUCCACAGCAUCCUCUACUUCUUCCUCCUCUCUUUCCACACCUCAAACGGGUUCAUCCCCAGACACGUCUGUACACCAAGUCAAAAGCUCUUCUGAACUUGACCUAAGAUGUGGCAUCGGUGGACCUUGUCAAGAGCAACCACCACUGACAUCUUCACCUUAUUCGAGACGGUCGUCCUUGCCUCACUCUCCCAAUCACAAUGCAACCUUCCCUCUUCAGACAAAGCCACUUUCUGAAGCCCAAAAGCCAUCACAGAAUUUUGCUACUUGUCGCCAUCAAACCAAUAUCUGCAGCGGUUGUGCUGGCAUUAGUCCUGUUCAGUGCCAUUCACCUACUUCCUGGCCAGCGGUGAGUCACAUCAGUCAUCGGGGCCUGGAGAGCCCAUCUGAACCUCCUGGAAAUGUCAUGCCAUUUUAUCAGAACAUGCCAUGUCCGAAUGCUUGUUGCAGCCCUCUGGUAAUGAACUGUGGCCGAACGAUGGGUUGUGCCACUCCAGUAGAUGGUGCCAACUCUCCUGGCAGAAGAGACUCUUUGCCUGUAAAUUCUUGCAGUUCAAACCCAUGCAUGGGUAUGGCACCUCCUACAAUUCCUGGACCUAGCGGCAUGUUGGGAUUGUCUGCAGAGGCCUACCAGCUAUUAGCAGAACAAGACAAGCAACUGAAACUUCUGCAAACUCAGAUCCGACGGUUGCUUGAAGGGCAGACUGCUCAGGGUAAUUCCAAACCUCCCCGCCAUGAGAAGACAGAAUCUGUGGCCACGGAGACUGAGAGGUCUGAGCCAGUGCGGAAGACCAGUGUUAGCAUUGCUGUCGGCACAGGUGCCAGUCUUUUUUGGAACCCCCCUCCAUGUCCUGAGGAAGAGGAGUCCCUGAACAAACAGGAUGAGUCUGAUCUUUGUAAUGAGCUGACUGCUGCUGUGAACAGUGAGCAAGAUACAAGCAACACCACCAUCGCUUCCUCCUUAAAAGCCGUGGACAUUUACAGCUUUGCAGAGAGCAGUCAGCUGACAGACAGCGCCGGCCAUUCUCCUCCUGCAAUGCCGCUUGUUGGUAAUGCAAGGAAUGAGUCUUCUCAUAUGCUGCACGAUGGGCGAUGGUCAGCUACUGCCAGCGGGUAUGAGGCAUCUCAAGAGCACCACGGGAACCAAAAAAACUUGGAUCGUGAAUUUUCUGUCCCCAGUCUCCCCCAAGAGAAGUUAUAUCAAGAUUUACUUGACCAAGUCAACAAUUUUCUGAAGACCUCAUCCUCUGCAAGUGAGGAGUCUUGUGAAAAUAUUUCCAGGGUCAGUUCUAGAGCAAGUGGAUCUGUUUCGGAAAAGCCUAGGGAGUGUCGCCCAAGGGAGCCCAGACAUAGCGACCAGCACAGCGUACAUAGGGCCACUCUAAAGCAGCUGAAGUCUCUGGGAGUGGAAAUCCACACUGAACAAUCUGAAAGGAAGAUGAACAGUGGAGGCACAGCGGAUAAUGCAUGCGUCUUGGCGUGUAUUAAUCCUGAUUCUGUCAUCCCAAGACUAAACUACCUGUCAUUUACAAAUAUUGGCUUGAGUUGCAUUGUGCCCAACGGAGUUGAUUUAAGUAUGGAGGCCAAUGCAAUCGCCUUGAAGUACUUGAGCGAAUCGCAGCUGACCCAGCUGUCCCUCAGCCACACUAACCAGAACAAAGAUGUGGACUCUUCCUCCUUUCAUGGCCUUUUUUCUGGCAAUUCUGAAAAGAGCAUGGUAGGCCUAAGCCUAAUUUCACCAAACAACAUGUCAUUUGCCACUAGGAAAUACCUGAAGCGUUAUGCCUUAAUUGAGAGCAACGACAGCAGUGAUGAGGAGUUGGAUCUACCUUCAGAAGCCGGUCAUUUGGCUAUGGUGCAGAGUGAUGGAAACAAGGAUUUUCCCAACUCAUCUGACAAACAAAUUCUGAAUUCUGAACCUAAAACCACUCCAAGAGCAACAGACCAAGCUACGGUUGAAUUUGUAUAUCAUCCGGAGGGAAAUAAAUUAAGAAAUAUUACAAACGAGAUGCCCAAGAAGGCUUUUCCAACGGUACAAACAUCUGAUGAUGAGGCGCCUCUAAAUUUUCUGAAAGACAUUCACCCUAGAUCCAAGCUCUUGUCAGGGAAAGCUCAGUUUAAUGGUCACCAUGAUAAAGAGAAUGGUCGUAACUCGCCACUUAUGAACACAGAAGACUCCAACUCAUCAGGGAGAAAAGUGGUGGGGGGUCCACAAGGUUCUCUUGAGGAUAUUUUGGAUGUCCACCAUCUUCGGCAGCUCCCCAAAUUGUUCUAAGCUCUUUUUUGUGGGUGAUUAUUGGGAUGAACAAACCAGUUAAUUUACAUUUUCCUUCCUAUGGAAGUUAAGAACCCAAAGACCUGUAUGUUCCUAAUUCGGAUGCAGUUUCUACCUUCAGAUGUUUUUCAUGUAUUUGGCUUGUGUAUGAAAUUUCCAGCAUUCAUAUUGCACUACUUUCUAGCAUCCCUUUUAUGCUCUUCAGAGUUCCAGGUGAUCUGAGCCAAUAUGCCUAAUCAGGACUCAGAAGGGCUGUGAGUCUAGCUUCAAAUAUCUGACAUUUUUUGUACUCUUGGGUAUUUUUUUAAAUUGGAUACAC